UGAUUGGCUCCGCACGCCUGGGGCCAACUUUAAAUUUCAGCAAAGUGGGCACAGCCUCCACGGUCGGCCACUGGGACCUGCCUCUGACGGUGAAAGGAGCUGCCCAAGAUGCAAACAGCCCUGCUGUGCCUAUGCCUGCUCAGCACAGCCCUCUCGACACCUGUGCUGCUGCCGCUGGCUGGGAGAGCUGCUGGGAACUGUGUGGGACAGCACCGGAUACUGCUGAAAGGUUGUAAUGCUAAGCAUGGCUUCUAUGUUUUCAAAUACAUCUAUUUAAUUUCAACACGGAGGAACCAGACACAGAUAGAGAAGGAAGAGGCCAACAGCCAGAGUGCUGGCUCCAGUCGCCAGCCAGGCAAGGAGGAUGCCAGGCAGGGGCUGAUGGAAGGCGGGCCAUCCCCAGAGGGAGGUGACUAUGGUGGCACUGAUGCAAUGGAGAAUGGGACCAGCCUCAAGACUGAACACCGCAGCACACCAGACAUCAAUGGGGAUGCCCGUGGUCCUCACCAAGGCACCAUCACGAGGCCGCACAGUGGUGUCAGCAUCACAACUUCCACCCCAGCCAGUGCAGAAGGUAGUGGCGACCUGGAUUUGGUGGUUGACAACAAUGGUGGUGUUUCCAUCCUCCCUCAGGGUGGACAAGCCAGAGGAGCAGUGGCAGGGAACAGGUCUGUUGCAAGGAAUGGGGACAAGGAGGUUGGUGCCCCUGGAGGGGGCCCAGUGGAGGGGGCUAUGACAGCUGGGGAAGAGAGGGCCCCCACCACUGGAGGGACUGGGGAUGAGGGUAGUGGUGAGGCCACUGUCCAUAGCCAAGGGCAGGAGGGCACAAAGCACGGCAAGGGGAUGGGAAGUGUCUCUCUCUCACCUGUCACUGAGAAGAUGGAGGACAUUCAAGUCGACUCCAAAGGUGUGGAUGAAUAUGCUUACAUCCCUAACUCGGGCAGUGUCACCAUCACCCAGGGAAAGGUGGACAGCAUGACAGGAGGCACCAGCUUCACCCAGAUCUCUCCAGAUGUGGACAAUGAGGUCAACGUCUUCAUUGGGAGGGCUGACAUCCAUAUAGGAAACCAAGAAACCACUCUGGCCAGUGUCACAGUUAGCAACAAGGAUGACAGCAUCCCCACUGCAGGGACAAGCGGCCCCAUGCCCAGGAUGGGCAUCUCUGCUGCACAUGAUGGUGGUGGCAUCCUUGUUCGUGAGCAGCCUGAAGAACCAGUCACCCCAAGCCCUGGGGGCAGAAUCACCAGCAGGCCUGGGGACAGCAUCACCAGCAGCCCUGGAGAUGUCCAUGUUACAGGAGAUGAUAAGGAUGGUGUCAUCACUGUUGGUGAUGAAGAAGGACUAGUAGCCCCCAGCUCUUGGAGGGUCACUGGUAGUGAUGUUACUGUCCCCAUGGCAGGUGGUGGCCGUAAGGGUGAUGACGAGGAAGCAAGAGGUGAGGGACAGAGGGCCUGGGGGAGGCUGGGCCACCCGGCUGUCAGCAUGCCCCCUCCGAGGGAGGAUGAGGAGGCUGCCACCACAGCCCCAGCCAGGAAGGCAAUUAUCCUCCUGGACACCACUGUGGCCUCCCCUGGGGUGAGCAAGGGGGACUGCACUACCACUCUCAGGACAGCCAGCAGUCAUGACACGAGCGAGAACACAGUGUCAAGGGGAGGUGGGAGCAGCGAAGCAGGGCCAGCCACCCUGCAGCCCCAUAGUGAGGGCCAGCCUGCUGCUGGGGCAAGAGUUCAGCCAGCAGGAGAAGGGCUCAAAAAGCCCCGCAGGAUGCAGAAAGUACCAUCCCCACGUGGGAAAGCUGGCAGCCAUGCACCAAACAGGGUGCAGGCGAGGGCCGGUGGCCAUAGUGGCAGUGCUGGGGGCAGGCUGCUUGCCACAGGAUCAGAGGGCAGCUCCCAUCUGCAGGCAGGGCGAGCCAAAGGCAGUGUGGUAGCGGGCGAGGGCUGGGAGCAGAGGCAAGGCGGUGAAGCUGGGGUGGUGGCUGGGAGCAGACCCCUCCCUUGGCACGGUGGCAGGAGGCUGGGGGCCACAGCACCAGGAGAAUUCACAGCACUGGGACGCAGACGGGAAGUGGACCAAGUGAAGCAUGCAGAUGAGCUCCAUGUCCAGGAGCAGGCAUUUUAUGCCCUCAGCAGGGCAGGGGCUGACCCCCACAACCUCUACACCAGCCUUGGAAGUGCUGAGAGCAGCCAGUCCUCAGAGGGCAGCCGCAGUGACAACCGACAGGUGGGACCCCGGCCCUCAGAGUGGGGGAAUCUGGAGCAUCCCUACAGCCCUUGGGGCUGGAGGGCCCUCUGAGGAGCUGCUGGUGUGUGCCCCAGCCCUGGCGGGCCCUGGUGGAGGAGUCAAGGAGAUCUCAUGUGUCAUUUUCGCCCAGCAUCCCCGCUGCAAGUGCUGCUCUUGCCUGGGCGAGGCACACCCUGCAAACUGCUGAGGGUCUCACAGUGGCUCGCAGCCCAGGAGCUGAAAAUCACCAGUUCAUGCAAUCCUGCUCUUAAUUUUGAGGGGGGCCUGCAUCCAGUGCUAGGACAGUGCUGUUUGGAUUUGCUGUAGAUAAAGCACGCUAGACAGCCAUGUAACAGCAGUCACGCUGCAGGGCAUAGCGUAGCUUUGGUCAUGCACUGGUGUGAAACGAGUAAAUAAGGGGUGAGAAAAGGCUCCUAUCCUCAUGG